AUGGCCACAGAGGUAUCCUCCGAGGCUGGAACUAAGUCUCUCCAACUACCACACUCUAUUCCAUUUUGGCGCCUAGUCACCGAACCUGGUGUCAUCACUCAAGAUGUUGCAGACUACCCUUACCCUGGAUCAGGAACCGAAGAUGAUCCAUACGCAGUCAACUGGUUGCCCAACGACUUUCGAAACCCCCUCCAAUUGAAGACAUCUCUGAAAUGGUUCAUCACUGUGGUCGCUGCUCUUGAGACUCUGGUGGUGGCUCUGGUCUCUUCUGCAUAUACUGGUGGUAUUGUUCAAAUCGAAGAACAAUUUGGGGCCACCACAGAGAUCGCCACACUGGGAGUAUCCCUUUACGUCCUUGGAUUUGCUCUGGGUCCUCUCAUUUGGGCUCCCAUGAGUGAAAUGUUCGGUCGUCAACUCGUUUUCAUCACAACCUAUUGCGGAUUGACAAUCUUUUGUGCCGCUUGUAUCGGCGCAAAGAAUAUCGAAAGUUUACUAGUCUUCCGGUUCCUGGCCGGCGCCUUUGGCUCUUCUCCCUUCACCAAUUCGGGGGGUGUCAUUGCCGACAUGUUCAUGGCUCGCGAACGAGGACUGGCUUUGUCGGCCUUUGCCUUGGCCCCAUUCCUAGGACCCGUUAUUGGUCCUAUCGUCGGUGGCUUCCUCGGUAUGGCCGCCGGCUGGAAGUGGGUAAUGGGCCUCUUGACUAUUCUCUGUGGUUUGAUGUGGAUACUGGGAACUGUAUUGAAGCCUGAAACCUACGCGCCUGUCCUUCUUCGCCAGCGUGCGAAGACCCUUUCUAAGCUCACUGGUCAGGUGUACUGCAGCAAGUUGGAUCUCGACCAAGGACGUGUCACCAUCAAGGCUGCUUUGAAGACAUCGCUCUCCAGACCAUUGGUUCUUUUGUUUCAGGAGCCUAUUGUCUUGUUGCUCUCGAUUUAUCUAGCUAUCAUCUACGGAACCCUCUACAUGCUCUUCGGUGCUUUCCCUAUUGUGUAUGAGCUUCACCGGGGGUGGAAUCAAGGUGUUGCCGGUCUGGCUUUCCUUGGUGUCAUGGUGGGUAUGCUGGGUGCAAUUGCCUACUCAAUUCCCGAGAACGCUCGCUAUAUCAAGCUCCUCGAGAAGAAAGGCGGGUAUGCGCCUCCAGAAGCUCGCCUUCCUCCCUGCAUGCUAGCCUCUAUCGCCCUCCCCGUCGGACUGUUUUGGUUCGCAUGGACUAACUCCCCUUCCGUGCAUUGGCUUGCGAGCAUCGCAGCUGGAGUUCCCUUCGGAUUCGGCAUGGUUCUUGUCUUCCUCAGUGUCUUCAACUACCUGAUUGAUGCAUACACUAUUUUCGCAGCAUCCGUCUUGGCCGCCAACUCGCUUCUCCGAUCAUUGUUCGGAUUCGCAUUCCCACUGUUCACCACAUACAUGUACCAGAAUUUGGGAAUUCACUGGGCAUCCUGCGUUCCAGCUUUCUUGGCCCUCGCCUGUGUGCCUUUCCCUUUCCUGCUGUACAAGUACGGUUUGUCCAUCAGAAAGCACUGCAAGUACUCUGCUCAAUCCGAGGCCUUUGUUCAAAAUCUUCUUCGGGGCAGCAAGCAAGUUGACGAUAAGCCUACUGAGAUGGAGCCCGAGAUCGACCCAUCUGAAUCCUCAAAUGAUGAAGUUGCCUCGCUCUCACACAAGAAAGAGACCACUACCGAUGUCAACUCCAUUCACCACACACUUUCGCGCACAUCUACACGUGCCACACAGGCAAUGCACCGGGUGCCUACAUAUGAGGCCAAUCCUUAUACCAUUGAUCGUGUGCACACGCGCGAAUCAUUCAAAUAA